AUGCUUCACGGAAUCCGUUCAGCUAUCAGACCAGCAUCAGCUUCAGGCCUCCGUUUUUUCCACAACACAACUCGUACACAAAUGUUCCAAGUAGGUGACGUUAUCAAGACCGGCCUCGCCGGCGUGCAGGAGAACGCUCCAAGCAACUCCAUUGACCUCGGCAAGUUGGUCAGCAAGGGCAAGCACAUCAUCGUCGGUGUCCCAGCCGCGUUCUCUCCAGCGUGCUCCGCUAGCCACGUUCCCGGCUACAUCGCGCACCUUUCCGACUUGCAGGCCAAGGGCGUGCAGGACGUGUUCGUGACCUGCGUGAACGACGCCUUCGUGACCAAGGCGUGGGCUGAGUCGCUCAAGACCCCAGAGCAGGUGCACAUCGUCGCUGACACCAAGGGCGAGUUCGCCAAGUCCGGUGACACCCUGUUUGACUCCGAGGAAGUGUUCGGCAACAAGCGUAACUACCGUUACGCUGUCGUCGUUGAGGACGGUAAGGUCGUCUCCACCUUCGAGGAGCCAGACAAGACCGGCGUCAACGUUUCCUCCGCCGAGAACGUUCUGAAGUCUUUGUAA